AUGUCGUCCCAAAGCUCCAAAUGGCCCUCCUCCGCCUCAGCAACCAUCACCCUAACCUUCGACAACAUGGGCGAAGCCGCCGACCUCAACCGCUCCCUCUGGCCCCCCUCCCAACCCAUCGGCUCCCACUACUCCGUAACCCGCAUGCUCCCCCAAUUCCUCGCCCUCGCACAAAAGUACUCCAUCCCCGUAACCUACUUCGCCGAGUCCUGGAACCUAGACGUCUACCCGGACGCUAUCAAAAGUAUCGCAGCGGCGGGGCACGAGGUGGGAUGGCACGCGUGGCAGCAUGAGGCGUGGGGGAAGGAGUGUAAGGAUGAGAAAGAUGAGAGGAGGAAUUUUGAGCGGAGUUUUGAGGCUAUGAGGGGGUUUGUUGAGAGGGAAGGGAAGAGGAAGGUGGAGAUGUAUCGGGGGUUCAGACCGCCUGGGGGGAGUGUACAUGGCGAGAGGACUUUGAAGAUGUGUAGGGAGUUUGGGCUGGGGUAUAUUAGCCCUGCUGCUGAGGAGGGGGCGGUGGUGCAGAUUGAGGGCGGGAAAGAUUCGAUUGUCGUGCUGCCUUUCAGGUGGAGUACCGUGGAUGCGUAUUACUACAUGGAAUCUUUUGGGAAACUAAGGAAGAUGAAGGGUGUUUUGCCGGAAGAGCCGCAAGGGACGGAUGUACUCGUGGAGGCUUUUGUGAGGCAGGUGGAUGAGACGAUUGAGAAGGGAGGUUUCCUGUCUUUGUUGUUUCAUCCGUUUUUGAAUGAUGAUGAAGAGAAGCUUCAAGCGAUGGAGACGGUGUUGCAACACCUGGCCAAGAGGAGAGAUGAGGGGAGCAUUUGGCUGGCUAGGGCGAGGGAUGUGGAGGAGUGGGCGAGGUCGCAUCCGGGCGUGUUGGGUGACGAUCCGGUGUGGGACAACAGCUCGUGGAGAUGA